AAGGAGGAGUCACAAUCAUCUUCUUACCUGGACGAGACACACCUGUGGGAUCACCAUGUUCACGAAGGUGGCUACACUGCUGGUGGCGGCGGCGGCGCUGGGCGUGGUCUCGGCCCAUCCAUCAGACUCUUAUGGACACCCACAGACGUACAAGGAGGACCCCAUCCCCUACACCUUCCAGUACGGCGUGCGGGAUGACUACAGCGGCGCCAACUUCGGCCAGAACGAGGAAUCCGACGGCAGCCAGACGUCAGGCUCCUACCAGGUGGUGCUGCCCGACGGCCGCAUCCAGACCGUAAACUACGUCGCCGAUCACUACAACGGCUUCCAGGCUGACGUGAGCUACAAGGGCGAGGCUCAGUACCCACACCAGUACGGCCCCGCGAUCACCUUCAAGCCCGCCUACGGUGCCCCGUCCUACAACCCCCCCGCCCCCUCCUACAGCCCUCCCUCCUACAGCCCCCCCGCCCCCUCCUAUCACUAACAGGCCCCUCAAGACCCCUCCCACCUGUGCUCACCCUCCCCGGGACCUUAAUUAACCUGUCUGAGUGAUUUUUUGUACCUCGCUUUAAGGCGUUUUUGUAAUUUUGUAUUGAAUGUCGUUGAGUUUGUAAAGUUUUUAACCCAAUUUUGA